AUGGGCCUGAAAUCCCUCAAAUUCGGCCCGAAACGCCACAUAUUUGGGCCGAAAUCCCUCAAAUUUGGGCUGAAAUCCCUCAAAUUCAGACUGAAAACCCAGAAAUUUGGGCUGAAACCCCUCAAAUUCGGCCUGAAACGCCACAAAUUUGGGCCGAAACCCCACAAAUUUGGGCUGAAAUCCCUCAAAUUCGGCCUGAAACGCUACAAAUUUGGGCCGAAACCCCUCAAAUUUGGGCUGAAAUCCCUCAAAUUCGGCCUGAAAUGCUACAAAUUUGGGCUGAAAUCCCUCAAAUUCGGCCUGAAACACUACAAAUUUGGGCCGAAAUCCCACAAAUUUGGGCCGAAAUCCCUCAAAUUCGGGCCGAAACCCCACAAAUUUGGGCCAAAACCCCACAAAUUUGGGCUGAAAUCCCUCAAAUUCGGCCUGAAACACUACAAAUUUGGGCCGAAAUCCCACAAAUUUGGGCCGAAAUCCCUCAAAUUCGGGCCGAAACCCCACAAAUUUGGGCCAAAACCCCACAAAUUUGGGCUGAAAUCCCUCAAAUUCGGCCUGAAACACUACAAAUUUGGGCCGAAAUCCCACAAAUUUGGGCUGAAAUUCCUCAAAUUCGGCCUGAAACCCCACAAAUUUGGGCUGAAAUUCCUCAAAUUCGGCCUGAAACCUCACAAAUUUGGGCCAAAACACCACAAAUUUGGGCUGAAACCCCUCAAAUUCGGCCUGAAACCCCACAAAUUUGGGCUGAAACCCCUCAAAUUCGGCCUGAAACCCCACAAAUUUGGGCUGAAACCCCUCAAAUUCGGCCUGAAACCCCACAAAUUUGGGCUGAAACCCCUCAAAUUCGGCCUGAAACCCCACAAAUUUGGGCUGAAACCCCUCAAAUUCGCACAAAUUUGGGCUGAAACCCCUCAAAUUCGGCCUGAAACCCCACAAAUUUGGGCUGAAACCCCUCAAAUUCG